CGAGGCACCGCCAGUUUCCUCCCCCUUUUUGACUUAAUUUACUUAGAGAGACGACUAGGUGACGGUUGUAAAUAACGUCAAUUGGGUUCCAACAUCACUGUUUGACUAUCAAUUUCUUACAGCUAGCUGGUCUGGCAGCUCUUGAACCACAUUGCCUUCCAAUAUCCCCUAAACAUAGCUUAAACCCAGUCAAACGGUGUCACAAUGUCGAACCUGUUUUCCGGAAUAAAUGCCCGGCUGAGGGGAGCUUCCAGCAAACCUAGCCCCAACAGCAAGAGUCCGAUAUCUCCAACAUCGGAGGACGGCAAACUGAACUCUCCUGGGGGCCUCUCUCAGAGGAGUCUUUCGUCAAGCAACCUUUCUUCUCCCUCUUCCAAACUCCCACCUGUCCCUGCAUCUCCGUUACCACCAACCGCCAACAUGACCGGUUCCACAGACGAUGAACUGGCCGCCUACCACCUCCCGAAGCCGCUCCCGCUUUGGCUCAACCCAGCCUACGCCAAGCAGAUCGUGAAAGGCAACUUUAUGACCCUCAGUCGUCGACCUAAGGCGGUCGAGCAGGGUGAAUGGGUUGCCUGUCAAGUCGUGGAGCACUAUCGUAACCUCUGGAACUUUGUCAGCAUUGUGUACCAGAAGGAGGAGAAUGGCCAGAGCAUCUGCAACCCGACCACAUGCCCUCGCAUGUCAGCUGGAGGUAACCACUCCUACACAUGGCUCAACAACCGUUUUGAGCCCAUUGAGCUUCCUGCCUACGAGUACAUGACGCUUAUGCAACGCUGGAUCUCUGGCAAGGUCGACGACGAGAAGGUCUUCCCCACCAACCCUGCUGGUGUCUCGUUCUCUCAGCACCAGCAGCUCACACCUUCGGCCAUCGCCACCGACGGAUUUGACGAGUACAUUGGAAAGCGUAGUGGGUUUCCCAAGGAGUUCUCGACUAUUUGCAAGACCAUCUUCACCCAGAUGUUCCGCGUGUACGCCCAUCUCUACUGGGCCCACUUUGUGGAGCCCUUCUACCACCUGAAUCUUGAGAAGCAGCUCAACAGUUGCUUCAGUCACUUUGUGUUGGCUGGGAUGGAGAUGGCCAUGCUCACGCCGCAGGAGCUGGAGCCGAUGCAGCCUUUGCUUAACUUGUGGGCUGCCAACGGAACCUUCCCUCCGGACUCCAAGGCCUAUGAGAGUGCUAACCUCAAGGCCGGUAAUCGGCUGCUGCAGCUGGCGGGCAUGGCUUGAACUGGGGAGGGAAGCAAGGAGUACAUGGUGUUGCAUAUUUCGUCUGUCACAGUCUGAUCUGGUCUUUGCUUAGACUCUAGUUUGCAUGGUCUCGGAGUUGAGGGGGUUAACAGCAAUUCUUAACAUCUUAGAUAGGGAGUCCAACACUGCAGAGUUUCCUCGAGAUGAUUAGACUUUCAGGGAUCAUCCCAUGUUUGU